AGCAGCAACAGCCAAUCACCUUACGGCUCAGUCAGGCUCCUGUUUGUGUCCAAAUGUGCACAUGCCUGUUUACAAAUCUGAUAGCUGUCUGUCUGCUCUCUCUGCAGUAAGACAGGAAGUCAGCUGUCUCGCCAUCCUUGGAGCGUCUCCAUGAAGGACAGACAGAACUCCAGAGGGACAGACAGAACCAGCAGCUUGGACAGCGAGACGUCGUCUGAUUACAGGAUGCCUCCCCCACAGGUUGCCAGGAAGUCGGUCCUGGAUCAGCUGAACCACAUCCUGUUCUCUGAUGAUCUGAUUCCUGAUUCUAUAAUCCUGAUCAACACCACAGACUGGCAGGGACAGUAUCUGUCGGAGCUCCUGUUUGAUCAGCCAAUUGUCUGCACCGUCUCAGCAGCUGAUGUCCAGGCUGCCUUCAGCGCCAUUAUCAGCCGGAUCCAGAGAUUGUAAGAAGAUUGUUGUUUCAGUAUGAUAAGCAGCCAUUUGGAGCAGCUAUGUGAUG